UGGCGCUUUAAAAUUAACGCUCGCUUGGCGCUCAAUCGAUCACAGAGAUAGAGAUUUGAGGGAUGGAGGAUCACAAGGAUUCUGAACCCACGGAUUUUGGUGGCGCCGAGAGACCAGUUCGUGUUUACGCCGAUGGAAUUUACGAUCUUUUUCACUUCGGUCAUGCCCGUUCCCUCGAGCAAGCCAAGAAACUGUUUCCAAACACUUAUCUCCUUGUUGGAUGCUGCAAUGAUGAGGUCACUAACAAAUAUAAAGGCAAAACUGUAAUGACCGAGAAAGAACGCUAUGAGUCUCUUCGACAUUGCAGGUGGGUUGACGAAGUUAUUCCUGAUGCGCCUUGGAUAAUCACACAGGAAUUCCUAGACAAGCAUCAAAUCGACUAUGUGGCACAUGAUUCUCUUCCUUAUGCUGAUGCAAGUGGAGCUGGAAAGGAUGUCUAUGAAUUUGUUAAGUCAGUUGGAAAAUUUAAGGAAACAAAGCGAACUGAGGGGAUUUCUACUUCGGAUAUUAUCAUGAGAAUUAUCAAAGAUUACAACCAGUACAUCAUUCGCAAUUUGGACCGUGGUUAUUCAAGAAGGGAUCUAGGUGUCAGCUAUGUGAAGGAGAAGAGACUUAGAAUGAACAUGGGACUUAAAAGGUUGCGCGAGGAAGUGAAGAGACAGCAAGAGAAAGUGGGAGAGAAGAUACAAACGGUAGCAAAAACUGCUGGAAUGCACCGUGAUGAAUGGAUUGAAAAUGCUGAUCGACUGAUUGCCGGAUUUCUGGAAAUGUUUGAAGAGGGUUGCCACAAGAUGGGAACUGCAAUCAGAGACCGAUUUCAAAUACGCUUAAAGAGCCAGCAUCGAAAUUAUCUUUUAUAUGAAGAUGAGGAUGAAGACGAAGAUGAUGAUGAUGAAAAAUUGUAUGACGAGGAUGAAUCUGAAGCAUGCUACAGUUAGAAAAGUGACAAACAGCUUUCCAGAUCGCAAGGAAAUGGGAUAGUUUCAGCCUGCCUUUCUGUAUUAAGGAUUACCAGAAAGGUGCUAGUUAAGUCCUACAAGUUAGCUGGUUUGGACUGUAAGGUCCUCUCGUACAUAAUUUGGUGUAUCUAUUUUAUAGUCAAAAUUUCUAGGCAAUCAAAAUUUGCUAUUUAGCAUUUUUUCAAGCUAAUCAAAUUAUUCAAGUUUCAAAGUUAUUGAGGCGGAUGUAUAUACACAAGGUUUGGGUUAGAAUCUCUUGUUGAAGUGUGGAUGUAAUUUAGUAAUUUGAAAUAGGUCUAAAUUGACUGUA